AUGCUACGAACACAAGUCAUAAAGCUCGCAAGAGCUUCUGCUGCUCCCUCGGUCCGUCGAUCUUUUUCCAUCACGGCCGUGCGAGCUUCUGAAGGAGAUACGGGCGCACCCAGAUAUGGUGGAUCUGCUGCUGGUGACGCUUUCACCAAACGCGAGCAAGCCAGCGAAACAAAGUUCAUCAGAGAGAAAGAAAUGGAGAGCUUGAGAAAACUGAAGGAGAAGCUGGCCCAACAACGGAAACACCUUGAUGAACUGGAUGAGCAUAUCCAAGAGUUGGAGAGGGACGCCGGUGGUGAAGAUCCUCAACAUGUCAAGGACAAGUAA